AUGCAAAUCUUUGUGAAGACCCUCACUGGCAAGACCAUCACCCUUGAGGUGGAGCCCAGUGACACCAUUGAAAAUGUGAAGGCUAAAAUCCAGGACAAGGAAGGCAUUCCCCCUGACCAGCAGAGGUUGAUCUUUGCCGGAAAACAGCUGGAAGAUGGCCGCACCCUCUCUGACUACAAUAUUCAGAAAGAAUCCACCCUCCAUCUUGUCCUGCGUCUGCGAGGUGGCAUGCAAAUCUUUGUGAAGACCCUCACUGGCAAGACCAUCACCCUCGAGGUGGAGCCUAGUGACACCAUUGAAAACGUCAAGGCCAAAAUCCAGGACAAGGAAGGCAUUCCCCCUGACCAGCAGAGGUUGAUCUUUGCUGGCAAGCAACUUGAAGAUGGCCGCACCCUCUCAGACUACAAUAUUCAGAAAGAAUCCACCCUCCAUCUUGUCCUGCGUCUGCGAGGUGGCAUGCAAAUCUUCGUGAAGACCCUCACUGGCAAAACCAUCACCCUCGAGGUGGAGCCUAGUGACACCAUUGAGAACCUGGAGGAUGGCCGCACCCUCUCUGACUACAACAUUCAGAAGGAGUCCACCCUCCAUCUUGUCCUGCGUCUGCGAGGUGGCAUGCAAAUCUUCGUGAAGACCCUCACUGGCAAGACCAUCACCCUCGAGGUGGAGCCCAGUGACACCAUUGAGAAUGUCAAGGCUAAAAUCCAGGACAAGGAAGGCAUUCCCCCUGACCAGCAGAGGUUGAUCUUUGCUGGCAAGCAACUUGAAGAUGGCCGCACCCUCUCAGACUACAAUAUUCAGAAAGAAUCCACCCUCCAUCUUGUCCUGCGUCUGCGAGGUGGCAUGCAAAUCUUCGUGAAGACCCUCACUGGCAAAACCAUCACCCUCGAGGUGGAGCCUAGUGACACCAUUGAGAACGUCAAGGCCAAAAUCCAGGACAAGGAAGGCAUUCCUCCUGACCAGCAGAGGUUGAUCUUUGCAGGAAAACAGCUGGAAGAUGGCCGCACCCUCUCUGACUACAACAUUCAGAAGGAGUCCACCCUCCAUCUUGUCCUGCGUCUGCGAGGUGGCAUGCAAAUCUUUGUGAAGACCCUCACUGGCAAGACCAUCACCCUCGAGGUGGAGCCCAGUGACACCAUUGAGAACGUCAAGGCCAAAAUCCAGGACAAGGAAGGCAUUCCCCCUGACCAGCAGAGGUUGAUCUUUGCUGGCAAGCAACUUGAAGAUGGCCGCACCCUCUCUGACUACAACAUUCAGAAGGAGUCCACCCUCCAUCUUGUCCUGCGUCUGCGAGGUGGUAUGCAAAUCUUCGUGAAGACCCUCACUGGCAAGACCAUCACCCUUGAGGUGGAGCCUAGUGACACCAUUGAGAACGUCAAGGCCAAAAUCCAGGACAAGGAAGGUAUUCCCCCCGAUCAGCAGAGGCUGAUCUUUGCUGGCAAGCAGCUUGAGGAUGGCCGCACCCUUUCCGACUACAACAUUCAGAAGGAGUCCACCCUCCAUCUUGUCCUGCGUCUGAGGGGUGGCCAGUAA